AUGUCCGUCCUGUCCAUCGUGCUCAUCCUACGAUGCAUCUGGACGAUCGUGUACCGGCUGUUCUUCCACCCCCUGGCCCAUCUACCGGGCCCACUUCUUGCUCGGGCCACGCACCUGUAUGCCUUUUGGUAUAAUAUGCAAGGUGGAUCCUUCUAUCUUCAGGUUCAAAAGCUGCAUGAGCAAUAUGGCCCCGUUGUCCGCAUCACACCUGACGAGAUCCACCUCAGCGACCCUGAAAACUGCGAGAAGAUCUACUACAUAGGAUCACGAUAUGGCAAGGACCCUCAGUUCUAUGGCGCAUUCGGCACCCACAAGGCGACCUUUACGGCACCAAGCCCCGACGUACAUCGAGUCAAGCGAUCGGCCUUGAACCCCUUCUUUUCGCGCAAAAAGGUGCUUGAGCUGGAGGAUAUUGUGCAGGAGAAGGCAGACAAGCUGGUCAGGCGCAUGAGGGAGUCUUUUAGCUCGACCGGCUGUAUUGACCUGCAUCAUGCCUUUCGAGCUAUCUCUGUGGAUGUCAUCAGUGACUACGCCUUUGGCAAUUGUUACGGCUUUCUCGGUAAGAAGAACUUUGGGGCCGAGUUCUUUGACAUGAUCCGAGGUUUUGGUCCAGCAUUUUGGUUCUUUCAGCAAUUCCCGGCUAUACAGGGGCUUUCACUUAGCACACCGUUCUGGUUGGCCAAGUUGACUAGUGAGCCGUUGACGAGGAUGAUGUUGCAUCGUGAGGGUUCUCGUCGCCAAAUAUUGAAGGUGAAGGACGCUGUUGAUCGGGGCGACAAAGGAAGCCGAACAACUAUAUUUCACCAGCUUCUUCACCCAGAGGCUACUGAGGGUCAUGUGGUGCCCACGGUGGACGAGCUGGAAGACGAAGCCUAUAUCAUGCUGGCUGCGGCUGCAGACACAACUGGAAAUGCGCUGACCAUUGCUGCCUACAACGUGGUUCGGAAUGCAGAAAUUUACAACCGCUUAACGGAGGAGCUGAAGCAGGCGUUUCCUGAUCCGGAAGGGCAAAUAGACUUUGUGGCUUUGGAAAGAUUGCCCUACUUGACCGCUGUUAUCAAGGAGGCUCUAAGGCUAUCCUGUGGAGUCCCUGGUAGACUACCACGAGUCGUCCCUGACGUCGGCGCUGAGUUCAAUGGCUAUCAUGUUCCUCCUGGGACUGUUGUUAGCAUGAGCUCGUGGACCAUGCAUCAUAAUGAAGAUCUAUUCCCACAAUCGGGAACGUUCGACCCAAGCCGAUGGACUGACCCGGUAAUUGGCAAGUCUCUUGAGAAGUACUUGUUCUCUUUCGGCAAGGGGUCUAGGCAAUGUAUUGGAAUGCCGCUUGCAUACUGCGAGCUGUACGUGACUCUCGGUCGACUUUUCCGACAAUUCGACGACUUGAAAACAGCUCAGAAGAGCCGGGAGGAGCUGCGAUAUAACGACUAUUUCUCAUCCUAUCAUCCGGCGGAGUACAACAAGUUUAUAUUCGAGAAGGCACGCUGA